AUGACACAACGAAUUGUCUACGAUGACGUUGCGAAUGAAUAUCUCCAAGUCGAAAAUGGUGUUGACGGCUUUCUGAAUUCACCUCUGGUGUCUUUCGACGACGCAAUCCUUCCUAUGGUGAAACAUAUUGAAAACCUUGACAUCGCCGUCCACCGAGCGAAGCAGAACUGGAAUAAAACAUCGUCUCGUCUGAAUGCUGACGAAUGUCAAGCUAUUUAUUUGUAUACAAUAGAAAUGCAGACCGAUAGUGUCUACACUAUUAUUAAUCGAUAUCUCCGCGCUAAUGAUACAUUUCCAGCCCGACCUUGGUUUCCAUAUAUGAAAUUGUUAUACACCGCUUUAGAAAAGCUCCCAUCACACGUUGGCUCAGUUUGGCGAGGAGUCAAUCGGGACAUAAGAGUAAACUAUAAGAGAGGAGCAAUCAUUUCCUGGUGGGCGUUCACUUCCUGCACAGCCAAACUUGCUGUCAUUAAAGAUUUCCUCGCUGACAAAGGAAAAAGCACAAUUUUUAUGAUCGAAUGUCUUAAUGGGAAAAACAUUUCGAAAUAUUCAAGUAUUUCGAGAGAAGAUGAAAUUCUGUUGCAACCUGGAAUCAAGUUGGAGGUUGUCGAUAAUGCACUGGAUUUGAGUGGACUACGUAUCGUACACUUGAGGGAAAUCGCUACGAAGUCUCGGGCUAUGACAGCUCACAAGCAGACUUCAUCUAAAACAGCAGCAGUGUCAACGGAUAAACAUAAAAUACAAAAGGAGAUAGCGAAUCAGUGCUCGAGCAACAAAGCAGCUGUACCGAAGGCAAUACAUACAGAGAGAACGAAGACAUCUUGUCCACAUUGUUCAACAAAGAUAGAUUUAUCACCGGAGUACAAAGAAGGUACCCAACUCGUUUGUCAUUCAUGCAAGAAGACAUUCAUCGAAUUAACCUGUGUUCAUUGCAAUGAGCUUAACUCAUGGAAACAUCCGCAUCGAAGGGAAGGUGAAGUACGCACUUGUUGGAAUUGUAAAAAACAGUUUCAAUAUCUCAACUGUCCACAUUGUACAGCCCCGUACAUCUGGAAACGUGCCAAUUAUGUACAGGGUCAGAAGGUAUCAUGCUGGAAUUGCAGAAAGCAAUAUCAGCAUCUCAACUGUCCUAAUUGUUCGCAUGCGAAUUUCUCUACUGCAGCAGAUUAUACAGAAGGACAAAAAAUCGGAUGUGCCGCUUGUAAGAAACCAUUUCAACACAUUAACUGCCCGCAUUGUACGAAAGAAAACUUCUGGAAGAACGCAGACCGUGUGGUGGGUGUCAAAACGCCCUGUUUUCAUUGUGGAAAAUCUUUUCAGGUUGUCAACUGCCCUCAUUGUCAAAAGCCAAAUCAUUGGCGACAACUCGAUUAUAAGCAAGGAUUGACGGUGACAUGUUGUAAUUGUCGAAAAAAAUUUCAGCAUAUCAAUUGUCCACACUGCUUAACUGCGGCUUAUUUUUCGAAUACUGACAAUGAACAGAGCCGUCUGUUUGCGUGUCGAUCGUGUCAGCAUCGUCUUCAUCAUGUCAUUUGUCCGGAUUGCAACUCGCAAAACUUUCUCCAAUCAACAAGUCUCUUAGGAUUGGCUUUUGUAACAUGCGCUCAUUGUUCAUCCUCGUUUUUGAAUACUUUUUAA